UGGACCCGGAAGUGUAUGCGCCGCUCCGCCCUACUGACAAAAACCGAAAACAUGUAAGAUACUCUUUGUUGUUAUUGUUGGAUUAUUCUUCGUAGACGUUGAAAAUUCGCCUUAGCUACAAAAUGGAGUCAAAGGGACGUUCGAUUUAUUCUGCAGCCGGCAGCUCAGCAGAUAUGACUCGGAGUAUGGAAGAAGAGCCUUUAGUGGAGGGACCUGUGAUCUCUGCCGACGCCCUCCACUCUGUCAUCAGAAGAGAGUUUCAGACUGUACCAACACACUGCCAUGCCUGUCUGCUUUCUCUGCUACAUGUUGUGUAUGUGGUGUUGUCUGUGUGUUUGGCAGCAUUCUGUGUGUUGAAACUGGGCCAGCAGGAGGUGUGUGAGAAAAUCCUGGAUAAUGUGUCAGGCGACAGUGUCAUUGUGUAUGGGAAGGUGUGUUUGUGGGUGCUGGUGCUGGUCUUCACCACGUGUGCUGAGCGUCAUCACAGUCGAGUCAGAAGAAGAGGAUACCUGCAGUUCUGCAGAGAAACACAAGGACUCCAUUGGCAACCGCUGGCUUUUCUCUCUACAGGGAAUGUUUUGAUUCUGCUGCUUCUGGCUGCUCAAUUAUCACACCCUCUGCAGAUCUACAUUCUUCUCAGCAUCCUGUGCCUGGAGCUCCUGGUGGUCGUCCCAUGUCUCUGCUAUUACACAGUCAAGGUGAGGCAGUUUAAUCGAGCUCGAGCCGCUCCAGACGUGAGCCAAGAGGAGCAUUCACACACCUACAGUACCACAAGUCUGCCAACUGAGACGGGCUUCAGAGAGGGCUCCAGUCUGGAGGAGGUGGUGGAGAAACAGGCUGAUCUGAUAGAGUACCUAAAACAGCACAACACUUUACUAAGCAAGCGGCUGCUCAACCUCUCUGCUCAGCACUGACCAGGUCCCACACUCCUUUUCCCCUCCCACCCGACACUCACUGAAGUGCGUCUUAAGUACUUCAACGCUGAAACAGAAGCUGUGGACCUGAAGUAAAAAAAAAACCUGUGAAAGACUGGAUAAAAGACUAAAGUGAACUAAUGCACCUGUACGCACGGGUAAAGACUGGAGGAAGUCUGCACUGAUAACACAGGCCAAGGUGAGCUGACUGUGGAACAGAGAGGAGGAGGAGGAAGGGAGAGGAGUCAUGGGUCACAGAUCUGAGUGCUUUUAAUAGCUGUUUUAACAAUCCCAGUGACCUGUGUGUGUGCCGCUGGUGUUACUACCAGGGACUGGUACUGUUUGAGGUCUUCACCACUAAAAAAGAAGUGAAAGAGCCAGGGAUGCAGAAGGGAGCUAGUACUGAUUUCAGGGUCAAACCUUUUUUUCUUUCAGGGUCAAACAUUUUUUGUGUAAUUUUGAUGAAUGUAUUUUUUGGUCUUUUUUCUGUGAGCUUGCUGGUCUGUGAUCACAUUCUAAUAAACCUUUAACCCUCUGA